AUGUCGAACCAAGCGAUAGUUUUGCUUCCACAAGGUGCUGGCUAUGGGGUGACAAUUGGCCUCGGUUUGGUAUUUGGUAUUGGAAUGAUACUUGUAUCUCGAUUUCUGUCGAAAUAUAUGAAUGAGCGAUCAGACCAUUCGGAGAUGUUCAUGGUUGCCAAUCGGUCGGUCAGGACGGGAUUAACAGCGUCAGCUGUCAUUUCAUCUUGGAUGUGGGCACAACUGACUUGGCUUUUCAUUCUAGCCCCUUUCUGGUAUGCAGCUGGUUGCACAAUUCAAAUCGCGCUCAUGACAGUUCUGGCAAUACAUGCCAAAGCCAAGAUCCCCAAUGGACACACCGUUUUGGAGAUCAUCAAACUUCGGUACGGCACCGCGGCGCAUGGUGUUUUCAUUUUCUUAUGCCUAGUUACCAAUAUCCUCGCUGUCACAUCCAUGAUACUAGGAGCAUCUGGCGUGAUCACCGCGCUCACCAGUAUGCAUGUUGUUGCCUCGACCUUCCUUCUCCCCUUAGGAGUUGUCAUAUAUACGGUUGCGGGAGGUCUCAAAGCAACAUUUCUGACUGACUAUAUACACACGGCUGUUGUUAUGGUUCUCUUGUGCUUCCUAACGAUUCGAACUUUCAACAACCCCGCUAUCACAGGCCUGGGAUCCUUCUAUGAUGUACUGGUCAAACGCGACGAGACAAGAUCGAUUAGCGGGAACUAUCGUGGCUCUGCUCUGACCUUCAAGUCGAAGGGCGCAGUCAUCUUUGGGCUCGUACACUCACUUGGUGAUUUUGCGCUGGUGAUCAUGGAUACAAGCUUCUGGCAAAAGGGAUUUGCUGCAGAUACAGGGGCUGCUAUGCCAGGCUACAUGCUUGGUGGUAUAGCUUAUUUCGCAGUUCCUUGGGCUGUCGGCACGACGGCAGGAUUAGCAGCGAUUGGAUUGGAAAGUAGCUCGAUAUUCCCAACAUAUCCAAGGUUAAUGACAACAGCUGAGAUAAACGCUGGCUAUGUCCUCCCAUAUACUUGCAUGGCUGUUGCUGGCAAAGGAGGGGCUUUUGCUCUUCUUCUCGUUGUAUUCAUGUGUGUCACCAGCACCGUGUCCGCACAAUUAAUCGCAGUUUCGAGUAUCUCUUCCUUCGACAUCUACAGAACCUAUAUCAACCCACAUGCCUCGGACAAACAGAUUAUCAGGGUUUCUCACUGGUCGGUGCUUGGUUUUGGCAUCUUCGCUCCUGCGUUUGCUACGGCUUUGCAUUAUGGAGGGAUCGAUUUGAACUGGAUGGGUUACUUCUUAGCAACUAUCAUCUGCCCCGGCAUGUUCCCGAUGGCGUUCACUAUUUUGUGGAAAAAGCAAUCAAAAGCUGCUGUCAUAAUAGCUCCUCUUGCAGGACUGGCAAGUGGGAUUGCGGUUUGGAUUGGCACCGCUUAUGUCUACUCCGGCGGCAUCACAGUCCUAUCCCUUGAAGGCCAACUGCCUUGUCUAUGGGGCGCCUUAACAUCCACGUUUUCCUCGGCAAUCUACUCCAUCGUAAUCACAUACAUCAAGCCCCAAGACUUUGACUGGCGCGUCUUUCUCCUUCUCAACGAGGUGCACGAAGACAAAAUAUCAACAGCAUCAAACUCAACACCAAGCAAAGAGGGAGGCACAGAUGCCGUGAGAAACAUCCGCGACCUUGACAGUGUAGUUCACCCUUUCCCACAAGCUGAGAUCAGCCGCUUGAAACGGGCCGGUGGAAUUGCCAGCAUUUUCAGCGUGGUGAUUGGGCUCUUAACGUGGGUUGUGUGGCCUUUACCCCUAUACCGGAAUUACAUAUUUACCAAACCUUUCUUUAUGGGAUGGACUGUAGUCUCAGAAAUAUGGCUCUUUUUUUGCCUUGUUGUUGCUGUCGUGUAUCCGCUUGUCGAUGGCCGUGAUGUUCUUGCGAAGGCUGGUCGGUUGGCUUGGGGCGCUAUCACGGGCACAGGGAAAGAGGGAAAGGAACAAAAACCUAGUUCCUCGACUAGUACCCCGGAGUCGCUCAUGUCAGAUCUCGCCAAUGAGGGCAGUGUUAGCCAUGAGAAAUAG